AUGACCAAUAUUUUUCAAACAGCCCCUUCAUCUUCUUCUUGUUCUUCGCCUCGAUGCAUCUCAUACGAUGCUUUCCUCAGUUUCCACGGCAAGGACACACGUAAGAAUUUUACGGCCCAUCUGUAUACAUCUUUGAAACAGGGAGGAAUUUUUGCUUUCAGGGAUGAUGAAGAACUAGAGCGAGGAGAAUAUAUUUCUGAAAAGCUUUUGAAAGCAAUUGAAGAAUCUAAGUUUGCGAUUGUAGUUCUCUCACGAAACUACGCUUCUUCGAGAUGGUGCUUGAUUGAACUCGCCAAGAUCGUCGAAUGCAUGGAAAGACGGGGCUGA